AUGGCCGGUGUGUCUCUCGGGGCUCACACGGCCUGGCGAAUUGCCUCACUGGCUUCUCCGGGGCAGUUCCACGCCUAUGCAAUGGUGGUCGGCUGUCCAAACUUGACCGAUCUACUGCUAAGUCGGGUAGGGCUUGAUCCGGAAGCAGACAAGCAAAAUAUCGACAACCUCUAUCAGCGUAUGACUUUGGAGCAACAACGGCGCUGGCCACGCUCUCUAGCAGAGAUUGUUCAUCGAGACGAUCUCAAAGUUGCAGACGAGUUCCCUACAGACGUGCCUUUGCUUUUGUGUAAUGGACUGCACGACAGGUUGGUCCCUGCAAAGUAUACAGCAGCAUGGGUGGAGGAAAGGCGGGAAAAGGGUGACCAGCAUGUAACAUUCUUUGUGCAGGAGAAUACAGGCCACAGCUGCACUAAGGAGAUGGUUGCGAUGCUAGUUGCGUGGCUUCGAGAUAGUCUCCCUAUACACUCUCCUCGGCCAUUCCUAUAG